CGCUCUCGCACGGAAAGGCCGGAGCGAGAACGACGAAGCAGCAGCAAUCGGAUGCCGGCGCCCGUCCCGACGCAGUGGCUCGACGCCUUUGUCACGCCGGCCAUCUACACGACGAGCACGCUCUCGAUCCUUGGCUGCGCCUUCAUCUUUACCAGCGUCGCGCGGUCCUCGUCCGUGCGCGCCGACACUGUCGACAUGACGACGCGCCUCAUCGUUGUCAUGUCGAUCAUCGACCUCUUUGACGCGUCGUUCAAGCUCUUUGGCACCUACGCGUACGCGCACCAAACGCUCUGCAACGUCCAGGGCUUCGUCAUGAACGCAGCUGGCAUCUCAGCGGUCUCGUGGCUCUCGUGUAUGUCGCACUCGUGGUACUGCUGGGUCGUCAUGGGGGACAGCGAGGCGCGGCUACGGAGCCGCUUUGGCGCGUACGUUGCGUUGAGCUUUCUGCCCUCGAUCGGUGUCUCGCUGUACCUUGGGAUUGACGGCAAGUAUGGCCCCGCAACGUUCUACUGCUGGAUCGCCGACUCGCACCAAGACCUCCGCCUCUCGUGCUUCUUUACCUGGGUCGGUGCCUCAGCGCUCUUUAUCGUCCUCACGAGCUUCCUUGUCUGCCUCGACGUCUCGCGCCGCGCCAAGCUGCAAGAAAACACCGAGGUCGAAGCGUCCGUGUCGGCCAUCUACAACAAACUCGCCGCGUACGUCUCGGUUUUUGUGUUUGUGUGGGGCCCUUGCAUUCUCAACCGGCUGGUCGAGUGGCAGCAGCAGCCAAUGGACCCGCCGACGCUGUGGCUUCUCGGCCUCCACAUCGUCUGCAACAACGCGCAAGGGUUUCUGAACGCCAUGAUCUAUGGCGGCGCGUUCCGGCUGCUCUGGAAGCGCUGCGCCGGCGACGUCAUCGAAGACGACACGGCAAGCAUCCGCACGAGCUUGUGCUCGACGCAGCAAGUCGCAGACACAUCGUCGCACGUGCUCUCGAUCUUUGCGACGACCUUCAACAUGGGCGAAGGCGCCGCGCCGUCCGAUCUCUCGAAAUGGAUCGCAGUGGGCCACGACCUCUACGUGAUUGGGAUUCAAGAAUGCUUGGACCUCGGGGGUCUCCGGGCAGCGAUCAAGUCGUUCCUUGAGCGCAGCGCGCGGCGGCCGUUUACCGACUACACGCGGGACAUUGGCAGCACCAACACGGCCUUGGGCUACCACGGCUUCAUCGGCAUCUUCAUUUUUGUGCCCCAAGACAGCGUCGAUGCGGGGCACUUUUCGAUUCCGUCGCCGACCAACCCCGAGGUCAACUGCGGCAAGACACUGCACAUGCGCACGGCCAACAAGGGCGCGGUGGGCCUUGCGUUCCGGUACCUCGACACGUCGAUCGCGGUGGUGUCGUGCCACCUCGCGUCGGACGCCAAGGGCAAGAGCCAGCUCCGACGGCGCAACGAAGAUGCCGCGCUCGUGUGGCAGUCGCUCCACCUCUCUUCGGACGACCACGUGAUGGACUUUCCACUCUUGCACCACCACACGAUCGUGCUGGGCGACUUGAACUACCGGCUCACGCGCCUCCACGCUUCGCCCGAGACGAUUCUCAACCUUGUUGAAGGCGCCAUGCACGAGCGCAAAUGGCCCAAGCACGUCACGUCGCCGCCUCCGUCGUCGUCGACGACGGCCACAGACGACGACAUCAACAACGAGCUGGCACUGCCCCCAGCAGCUGACGGCGCGUGGGCAGACGUGCUCGACCACGACGAGCUCCGCGCCGUCUUGCAGCAGCACUCGGCGUUUGCAGGGUUCGCCGAAGCGCCCAUUGCAUUUCCUCCAACGUUUCGAAGGAGACGAGGCACGUCGCUCUUGAGCGCCGCCAAGAUCAGCGACAGCUUCUCGCUGCAUGUCGCCAACGGCGGCGGCGUCCGUGUCCCGUCCUACACGGACCGCAUUUUAUACCACUCGCUCCACGACCUGAGACACAACCUGCGCUGCGCAUCGUAUCAGUCCCACGAGAGCGUCGACAUCUCGGACCACAAGCCCGUGAGCUGCGUCUUCCUCAUUGCAGCCAAGGAGUCCCCGUUCCAAACCCCGCUCGAUGUGACGCUCCUGAGCGACGCACCUCGCCCGUCGCGGAUGACGGACUAUAACGGCGUCAGAGACUGCACCGUCUUGCUCCAAGACCUCCACGUGCAGUGGAUCUCGCCGCACGAACGGCCAUCCCUCUACCCCACCAGCGACGACGGCAGUAUGGACGCAGGUGCCGCCAGCGAUGAGCCGCAGCAUGUGACGACCAUCUUUCCACUGCCGCUCGAAGACAUCUUUGCCGAGCAGCGCAAGCUGCACGAACUCGCCGCGCGCUGGGAGCACGGCGUCGUUAAGGCCCCCAUCGGGCGACAUGGUCGGAAUUUCAACCAGUUUCACGUGGCGAUGGAGGACGCGAUGCAGCAAGGGAUCGUGCACCGCUGCUACGCGCAGGCCAAGCGCCACAUGCACCUGGCGCUGAGCGUCCACUCGACGUCGCGGUCGCUCGGACAGUGCACGCUGAGCCUCGACGAGGCAUUUGUGCACGCCAACCGGGGCCACUGGGUCGCGUUCGAGCACGACUUGAGCGCCCACGGGGCUCGCACCGGCGUUGUCCGUGGUCGUCUUCUGUUUAAAAGCAAAUAAAAAGAUGCACGACGAGG